AUUUCAUGUCUUAUUUAGCUAUAGUUUUACGUAAGAGCACUAGCUUCAUUGCUUUUGAAACGAUCGAAUCAUGGUUGGCAAAAUAAUAAUAGUCAUCAACGCUGUAAUAUUUUUCUCAAACUGUGAAGAAAUCGAGCAUCGCGCGCAUCUACUGCGCGUUCUAAGAAGCACCGUGUCGUCUGAUUCAACAGGGCAUGCGCAUGGUCAUAGCUGCGAUCACACCAACGGCGGGAGUCACUCGAACUGCCUACCAGAUGUGACAUCAACGACGGCGUGCGUUCCGUGCGUCGAGAACCAGGAGACGCACUGCUAUCCGAUUCCGUGUGACAUCAGAUGCGUGGACUCGGUGUCACUUCCGGGUUAUUGUUGCCCGCACUGCUACAAUGGCCACAACUGUCGCUAUAUGGGCGCUAUCAUACCGGAAGGCACGAACCUCACUCUGCCGGACGGGGGCGUGGUAAUCUGUCAUGCGGGUGGAGUAGGCGACAACGCGAACAUGACCUUUCUCCCACCCCCACCCACCACAACGGUCUGCUCAAAUCCUUGCACGUUUGAGGGCGCAGUUUUCUGUGUGCCGGUACCAUGCAUGGUGAAAUGCGUCGACGGCGUAAAACUGCCGGGAAACUGUUGCCACUCGUGUUUUAAUGGGAAUAACUGCAUGCACAACGGACACAUCAUACCGGAAGGAAGGAACAUAACAAUUCCAGGCGGAGAUGUCGCCUACUGUGAAACCGGCGGCAACCUUGGCGGAACAGUGAAAGUGUACCAACUGGUCGGAUAAAACAACGAUUAAUGGUCACUUCCAGUUCAAGAUGAUGUUUGGUCCAACUCAGUUUGCGUUCAUUCCGUUUUUACUUGUGCCUUUUAACUACUGCAACACUACUAUAUAGAAUGUUGAUGUUUACUAUUUGCUUAAUAAUCAAACUUAAAGACUUUAACCAGAAAUUUCAUAUUUUAAUAAACACAAUGUACAUAUUCA